CAUAAGCUUUCUCCUCAAGAUGUUUUGGACAACGUUGUGUAUGCACGUUGUUAUAACACUGACCAUCAGAUGCAACUUCUCAUUCAAGCAUCUGCGAUGAUGGCAGAAUCGAGAUACGCAUUGCUUGUUGUUGACAGUGCCACUGCGUUAUUUCGCACUGAUUUUUCUGGACGCGGUGAACUUGCUGCACGACAAAUGAUGCUUGCUAAAUUUUUACGAAUGCUUUUGAAACUAGCUGAUGAGUUUGGCGUUGCUGUUGUAAUAACUAAUCAAGUAGUGUCACAAGUGGAUGCAGGUUGCGGUAUGUUUCAAGGAGAAACUAAGAAACCAAUUGGAGGGAAUAUCAUCGCUCAUGCUUCAACGACUAGGCUUUAUCUUCGCAAAGGUCGUGGAGAGACACGUAUUUGUAAAAUUUAUGAUUCACCAUGCCUUCCAGAAAGUGAAGCAGUAUUUGCUAUUACUACUCAUGGUAUAAAUGAUGCUACUGACUGA